AUUAAUAUAGGUUUAACAUGGCUUUAAAAGAAAUAACAAAUACCAAUUUGUUUACAAAAAAAGAAAUUUUGGAGGACAUUAUGGAAAACGAUACGACUUUUGAAAUAACUGGCUACGUCAGUUCAAUAUUUCAAAUUAAAUCAACCACAAGAAAUGGCAAAACAACGCAUCUUUUUAAUUUUAUUAUGAGCAACGGUGAAAUUACCAUUCAAAUUGCUGCCUGGAAUGAUUUAGCUUUUAAAUAUGCAGACAUAAUAACUCAAACAGAACAAGUUUAUUCUCUACAAAAAGUGGUACCUAAAAUCCCUUUGAGGAAAGAAUAUUUACAUAAUGCUUCAUUUCCAUACGAAUUAUUAAUCCGAAGUUCCACUAUUGUCGUUCCUAUUGGCAUUUAUAAAAUACCAAAAGAAAUUGAAACAAUUUCUUUGAUUAAAAUGCAAAAUGCCAGAACCAAAAGUGGUUUAAUAAUAGAAAUGGAACAUCAUAUAAAAAUGAUUUUUGAAAAAUCAUCUAAUAAUCAUUUUUACAUUGGAGCGAUUACAGAUGGUUAUUAUAAACUGUCUGUUUUAAUAACAUGUAAUGGAGAAUUUGAAGAUAAUUUCACUUACGGCUCACCAAUUAAAGUAAUAGGAAAAAUGCAAGUACCUGAAAAUAAACCUCCAUAUCUUUCAGUUUCGUCAGUGGAAAAUGUGCAAUUAAUUGACGGCGAAAAAAUGUCAUAUUUUAUGAUUGAGGACUUUGUAAAUAAUAAUGUUGUAAAUCCCGAAAAUAUGGCGUUAAACCAUAUACAACAAAUUCUGAUAAAUAAUGGAAGUAGUUGUGAGAAAUUUCAAUUACCAAAUCCAACUGAAAUAAAUAUUUACGAAACAGAGUAUAAUGUAGAUGAAGAAAAAAUACGUGGAAGUGGUAAAACCUAUUUAUUUAACACAUUUCUAAGUGUUAUUCGAGGAAGAAAUGAAAUAGUUCUUCCAUGUGCUUCAACUGGAAUUGCAGCCACACUUCUGAAAGGAGGAAGAACUUAUCAUUCUCUGUUUAAGCUUACAAUUCCAAUUGAUGAUGCAGCUAAAUCAAAUAUUAGAGGAAAUUCUCAAGCUGCACGAGAAUUGAUCAAUGCAAAAUUAAUCAUAUGGGAUGAAGUGAGCAUGACUGUUGGACAUGCCUUAACAGCAGUUGAUAAACUUUUAAAGGAUUUAAUGAAGAAUGAUCAACCAUUUGGAGGAAAAGUAAUUUUAUUUGCAGGAGAUUUCAGACAAAAUCUUCCAGUAGUACCUCAUUUACACAAAAACAGCGAUAAUUGA